AUUGAGUCUGCAAAGUCUGGUAAGCCURUGAUCGUAGCAAGUUGGACCGACCGUGUGCAAAAUAUGAAGAUCAUUUGUGCAGGAUUAUCAAAAACCGGCACCAAAUCGUUGGCAAAAGCGUUACGACUCCUCGGAUUUGUGGUUCACGACAUUGAAGAACAUCUCAUGUGGUAUAUGAGUGAAUACAUUCAAGCUCUAAAUGGCGACACGCCAGACUUCACUGCCAUGUAUAGUCAAGUCGAUGCCGUGACUGACGCUCCAGCGUUAAGGUUCUGGAAGGAGCUAAGUCAAGCUUUCCCUGAUGCAAAGGUGGUGCUGAUGGAACGAGAUUCUGCCGAAAUUUGGGUCCAGUCAUUGCUUUCUACGAAUGCUGCAUACAGAAGAGAAAUGUGUUCUCUUAAAAACAAACUUGUAAGUGCCUUGACUUCAACCGGCCGCAAACAUAAUACGCUCAUGGGACUUAUAGGUAGGAAAAUAUACCCCGCUCAGGAUAAAGAAGGGCUUGUUGAAAUUUACCUUCAACACAACGCGAGGGUGAAGGCUACAAUCCCGCGGGAUAAGCUACUAGUCUACAACGUUAAGCAAGGUUGGCAGCCGCUGUGUGAGUUUCUUGGCGUUCCUGUCCCGGAUGUGCCGUUUCCUCGCUUGAAUGUGAAAGAUGAAUUCAUUUAUCAUUUGUUUAAUUCCUCAGUAGUUGCGAAACGAAUGUUAAACGAGCUUUUGGCUUUGUUUGUGAUUUUAGUUGUAUUGAUUGCCGCCAUUGUGGCUUUCUUGAUUAAUAUAUAGCUGCUUAAAUUAUUGCUUUAUUUUUGCAAGCUCUUGAAUAUAAAGAAACGGAAAUACAACGGUUAACCAUCAUAUAUUCAGAUGAGGAAUGUUUUUUCUUGUGUUUUUAUUUAGUGAGCUUUUCGACCAUCAAAGAUUUUUAACUGAAACUGAUUAAGAAUUGAAGUCUGCAGGUGUCAUGCAUUUCUGACUUAACUUAGGAAUUUGGGCUUAUUAGCCAUACAUGACUGAUUUUCACAAUUGUUUAUCAGUUUUAAUUUCGCCAAAAAUCUUGGAAUGAUGAUCAAAAGCACACUAAUACAGUCUUCAAAAAACAGAGGGCAUGGUACGGCCAUUAGAGGGAUCCCCAUUGUUUAUCAAAAUAUGCACAUAUUUCAAAACGCGAAAUAUUUACAACAGACUUUUGUACAGUAUAAAUCAGUUGUUAUUUCCAUUAAAUUAAAAAAUGCC